AUGACUGAUAACGAGCUGCCGCUACGUGACUUCGACGAAGAGAGCGAAGAGACUGAUUCGGAAACAGAAUUGCUCAUACGCCACACUGGCAGCAGCAUUGAGGCUGCCAUUGGCAACGGCAACAAUAACGGCAACGGCAACAACAAUGGGCAUAGGCGUCGCAAAAGCUCAACUGGUUACGGCGGCAUCGGCGGCAUUGUUGGCCCCUCUAGCGUCGGCAGCGGCAGCGGCAGCUUUCUUGGCAAUCUAUUCAGUCUUGGCUCAGCCGCCGGCCAGAUACGUUAUAGAAAUGAGCGGAGCCGCGAGCGCGCCAAAUACUCAAAUAGCAAUAGCAGCGGCAGCGCCUCGCGAGACAUUACGUCGGACCAUACAACUGGCGCUAGUGCAACGAAACUGGCGCAACUAACACAAACGGGCGCCGCUGGCGUCGAUAGCUCCACGCCGCAAGCUCCAUAUGUGUCCACAGAACUCGGCGCGCCCAACGGUAUUGGCUCUCACACAGUGAUCGAUCCAGAGAACGGCUCAUCCACGGUCUUCUACCAGAACAAUCGCAGGCGCAGCAAAAGUCGCAGCAUCGGCAAUGUCUGUAAAAUGUGUCUCUGCAGCUGCUGGAAAAGAUGGUUCAGGCCACGAGAACUGCGCGCUCGCACAGUCAACUUGGGCAGGCCCAACACGGAGAAGUUUCCGCCAAACGAGAUACGGAACCAAAAGUACAAUUUCAUCACGUUCCUGCCGCUGGUGCUGUUCGAGCAGUUUCGCUUUUUUCUCAACCUGUACUUUCUGCUGAUGGCGCUCUCCCAGUUUAUACCAGACAUACGCAUUGGCUACCCGUACACCUACUGGGGUCCGCUCGGGUUUGUGCUGAUGGUGACUAUCUGCCGGGAGGCGGUGGACGAUCUGCGCCGACAUCAGCGCGAUCAUGAGGUCAACUCGCAGAAGUACAAACGACUUUCGGCCGCACAUGGCACCGGCUACGAAUUGGUGCCCAGCUCAAAACUUAAAGUGGGCGAUGUUAUCAUUGUGGAGAAGAACGAGCGAGUUCCAGCGGAUCUUAUCUUGCUGCGCACAAGCGACCGCAGCGGCUCUGUCUUUGUGCGCACCGAUCAACUGGACGGCGAGACCGAUUGGAAGCCACGAUUGGCGGUGCCCUACACGCAAAAACUUUGCAGGGACGCAGACCUGUACAACAUCGAUGCGAGCUUCUACGUGGAGAAGCCACAGAAUGAUAUACACAGUUUUAUUGCCACCUUCUGCAUGACAGAUGGCAGCGAGGACACCGGACUCAGCGUGGAGAACACGCUCUGGGCCAACACAGUGGUUGCUGCCGGCACUGCCACAGGCAUUGUCAUCUAUACGGGCUGUGAGACACGCAGCGUAAUGAAUAACUCACAGCCUCGCUCUAAAGUGGGACUGCUGGACACUGAGAUCAACGGACUAACCAAGGUGCUUUUUUGUGCCGUCCUUGGCCUCUCGCUGGUCAUGAUGAUGCUGAAGGGAUUUGGCGGUCCGUGGUACCGUUACAUGUUCCGCUUUGUGCUGCUGUUCUCGUACAUUAUACCGAUCAGUCUGCGUGUGAAUCUCGACAUGGGAAAAGCUUUUUACUCGUGGCAAAUGCAAAACGAUGACAAUAUCAAAGGCACUGUGGUGCGCUCCACCACCAUACCCGAGGAGCUGGGGCGCAUCUCGUAUGUGCUAACUGAUAAGACAGGCACGCUGACCCAAAACGAAAUGGUCUUCAAGAAGAUUCACUUGGGCAUAGUUUCGCACGAUGCCGACACCUUCCAUCACAUUGGCCAGAUCAUACAGAAACUGUCUGGGAAUAUACUGCAACAGCAGCAACAACAAGGCAGCCUCUCCAGCUCCAGCAGCGCCGGCGAGUCCAUUAAACCGAUAAUGUUUGCUGGGAACCGCAUGCGUCGUCCCGAGGGCUGGCGCGAGUGGGAGGCGGUACGUGCUCUGGCCUUGUGUCACAAUGUGACACCGGUGAGCGAUGAAGAGGACAAUCGUUCUGUGUCCACUGCCUCGACGGUGACUGGCGGCAAUAAUUCGCCCACCAAAUCUGUGAUAAACAUUGAGGCGCCCGGCAGCACUGACACGGAGCAUCAGUAUCAGGCUGCCUCACCCGAUGAGAUCGCCUUGGUCAAGUGGACCGAGCAGGUGGGCCUAACACUAAUUGCCCGAGAUCUUAACACCAUGACGCUGCAGGUGAAGACCGCUACUGAAGAAAACGAUAUACUGCUGCACUAUCAGAUCUUGCAGCUGUUUCCUUUUACGAGCGAGAGCAAGCGAAUGGGUAUUAUUGUGCGUGAAAGCAAGUCUGGCCAGAUAACCUUUUAUCUGAAGGGUGCCGAUGUGGUCAUGUCCACGAUUGUGCAGUACAAUGACUGGCUCAGCGAGGAGUCUGGCAACAUGGCCCGCGAGGGUCUGCGCACGCUUGUCGUCGCCAAGAAGGUGCUCACCGAAGAGCAGUACAACGACUUUGAGAUGCGCUAUAAUGCGGCACGCCUCAGCAUUACGGAUCGUGUGGCUAAAGUAGCCGCGGUAACAGAGUCAUUGGAGCGCGAAAUGGAGCUGCUGUGUCUCACAGGCGUUGAGGAUCGCUUGCAGGAGAAUGUACGCCCCACUCUAGAGCUGUUGCGCAACGCGGGUGUCCGUGUCUGGAUGUUGACAGGCGAUAAAUUGGAAACCGCUUGCUGCAUUGCCAAGUCAUCGCAGCUGAUCGGACGUAACCAGGGUCUGCAUGUUUUGCGUUCUGUAAAGACGCGUACGGAAGCGCAUCAGGAGCUUAAUCAGUUUCGGCGCAAGCAGGGCCACGCGCUGGUCAUAUCCGGCGAGUCGCUGGAGGUCUGCCUACAGUAUUAUCGACUCGAGUUUUUGGAACUAGCCACCGCAUCACCGGCAGUCGUAUGCUGCCGCUGCUCGCCCACCCAAAAGGCGCAGGUGGUGGCGCUUAUCCAGAAGCACACACGCAAGCGAACCUGUGCAGUGGGCGAUGGUGGCAACGAUGUUAGCAUGAUUCAGCAGGCGGAUGCGGGUGUGGGCAUCGAGGGACGCGAAGGCCGUCAGGCCUCUCUGGCAGGAGACUUUAGCAUUCCGCAAUUCUCGCACAUCGCCAAGUUGCUGUUGAUCCAUGGAAGACGCAGCUACAAACGCUCCGCGGCGCUUUCCCAGUUUGUAAUACACCGUGGAUUGAUAAUUACCACACUGCAGGCAGUUUUCUCAGCGGUAUUUUAUCUGAGUUCGGUGGCUUUGUAUCAGGGCUUCUUGAUGGUGGGCUAUUCGACGUUGUAUACCAUGUUUCCUGUGUUUUCCCUGGUGCUAGAUCAGGAUAUUACAUCAGAGACAGCUGUUACGUAUCCGGAGCUCUACAAAGAUCUUUCCAAAGGACGAAGUCUUAGCUAUAAGACCUUUUUCAUUUGGGUACUUAUCAGCAUCUACCAGGGUGGUGUCAUAAUGUACGGCGCCCUAAUACUCUUUGUCGAUGAGUUUAUACACAUUGUAGCAAUCAGUUUCUCGGCGCUUAUUAUGACAGAACUCAUCAUGGUUGCAUUGACGGUGCGCACCUGGCACAGGCUUAUGGUCUUAGCGGAACUAUUUAGCUUGGCGCUUUAUCUCAUCUCACUGGCGGUGCUGCACGAGUAUUUCGACUGGGAGUUUAUCUGGUCAUACGACUUUCUCUGGAAAGUAUCGCUCAUUACACUCGUCUCCUGCUUGCCGCUGUACAUAAUCAAGUUCUUGCGCAAGAAAUGCUCGCCGCCAUCCUAUUUGAAACUCUCUUAGAUACGGAAUAGGCUGAGCCAGCGACGAAUUUUCAGUUACAAAAUUAAAUAUCUCCUUUUUUAAAUUGCUUUGCACUUUUGUACGCUUAACUUAAAAGUUCUUGACUUUGUUUUUGCCUAACAUUUUGUUAUUUUUGUCCAAGUUCUGCCAACCAUACACAACCCCCCCAUACGUGAUAUAAAGUGUAAUUACUUAACCUACGCAGUCUCCCUUUGUAUGUUUAUGUUUGUAUAAUUUAAAUUACACAAAAGUGAAGUGAAUGAAAAGGAACGUGAUUAUGUAUACAUUUAAAUGAUGAUUACUUUUUAAGGCGCAGUAAACCAAAUUAUGUUACUAAUUAUUUAAUAAUAAAGUAAAAAUAAAUGUAAAAGUAAAUGUAUCUAUGGCUAAAACAGAAAUCAAUUAUAAAUGUGUGAAACUAAAAGAAACCAACCGACAAAUAGAUUUUGUAUUAAGUAUUAAAAAUCGAUGCAUAUAUUAAUAAA